AGGAAAUAAGAGAUCUAAUUUGUUUUGAUUUCUCACCCGAAGAGUUAGUGCAUCUUCUUCACAUACAUUCAUUCUUCUCUACCAAACGUUACAUUCUUCACCUGAGUGAACAACAAUAGGACUAAUAUUCGACUUAACUUUUCUACACUCUCAAAAGCCAAAAAAACGUCAAAACAAAUUAACGAGUGGGCCAUUCUUUACAUAUUCACAACCCCUUUUCGUGAAACCCAAUUCACAUCUCCACUUUCCGUAAACGGUACUAUCUUUUCCCUUUUCUUUUUCUCUCAUUUUUCACUGCAAAACUUAGGGUUUAUGCUCUCAAUUUUCAUUUCAAUUUCCUCAUUUUUAUUCUCGCACUGUUUAAUGCUUAUUGUUAUUUAUCUUUUCUUGAAAUUUGCAUCAUAAUUAUAGUACUAUGUGAUUGCGAUGAUCAUGAAUUUGGGUUAAAUAUAUUGAGAAUGGGAGUGUUGCUGGUAGGUUUGAUUAAAUAACUGAAACGAAUUGCUUCAAAAAUGGGAGGUUGCUGUUGUUCUGCCAGAAAAACGCAUCUGCAUGGAACUCCAGUGUAUUACUAUUGCCCACCAAUUUUAGAAGAGCGUGAUUCUUUAACCUCUAAUGAUGGUCCGACCGAUUCACUCACUGCUGGAUUGCUGGUUGGCUUGAAUGUGGAAGAAUCCACACCUGAUACUUACCAGCCUCCUCCUGCACCACUCCCUUAUGAUACAGUCUUGGGAGGUCCAGCAUCGACAGACUCCAAGUCAGGCAGAGACACAGUUAGUGGUAGUAGUUUUGAAACUUUAGUUACAUGCGAAGAUAUUGAAGAAUGUGACCCUAAAGCUCAAGCUAAAUCUGCACCAUUAUCUCCUAGCAAGGCAGAGCUGUGCAAAUCAAUUAAACCUCAAGCACUGGUGAUAGAAGAAGAAGAUGGCUGUCCAAUCUGCCUUGAAGAAUAUGAUGUUGAGAAUCCUAAAACUCUUACCAAAUGUGAACACCACUUUCACUUGGCUUGCAUUCUUGAGUGGAUGGAAAGAAGUGACUCGUGUCCUAUAUGUGAUCAGGAGAUGAUAUUUGAUCAGGAACUUGACUAGUUUGGUCAUUUCAAGCGAAAAAAUCUUGCUAAAUACUUGAAGAGUAACUGGUUUGAUGAUGGUUUUGAAUAUUGAUUGACUUUCAAAUCUACAAAUAUUUAAAAGGUUACUUUUAGUGGGCCAAAUUCAUUCUGUAUACAAUCUGUGAGAAAGAUGCUACACCACAUAACAUGUCUCACUGACCAUGACUACAGUUACUCAUGUUGGAAUUUACCAAGAAAUCCAUAUUCACUGAACAGCUUCUUUCCCCUUGUUUCUUUUCUGGUCUCCAUUUUCUUGUACAAAUUGCUCAUAUUUAUUUGUUUUUCUAUAUUAUUUUCUACGUGGAGAGUAACAAAUAUUUACUGUUGUUGUAAAUAAUAUCUGCAAUUUACAUUUUGUUACAUUUUCAAUGUAUGUAUUCUGCUGGAUAUGUGCAAUGAGUAAUGACCAUAUUUGCAUUUUA